AUGAGUGAAAAUAAAAUAUUAUUAAUAAAAGCAUGUUUAGAAGAUCUAAGUACAGAAUUAUUAAUGUCAAUAUUUGAUUAUUUAACAUCAAUUGAAAUUUUAGUUACAUUUUUUAAUUUAAAUAAACGUUUUCGUUUAAUCAUUUAUUAUUAUUUACAAUCAGGUUAUCGUUUAACACAAUUUAAUUUAAAUAACACAAAUUAUUUAACAUAUAAACAUUUUUGUAAAGAUAUUUUACCAAAUUUAAAAUCAAUAAUAACAUCAUUUCAACUCGGUAGUAAUUAUUAUUAUGGACAAAUUGAUUAUUUUAAUCAAUAUGAAUUAAUACGUCUUGAUUCACUUACCAUUCAUUUAAUUAAUCCAAAUACAAUUAUUGACAUUCUUCAAAAAUUUCUUAAUUAUAAUCGUUUACAAUGGUUUGAUAAAAUAAAUUUAAUUAUCGAUGAAGAAACUAAAGGAUGGAAUGAACAAAUGCCUUUUUGUGUACAAAAUAUACCUGUUAGAGAAUUAAGGAUUACAGGUAAAGUUCCAUAUGUUUUUGCUCAACAUUUAAUGACCGGUUGUUAUUCAAUUACGCAUUUAACUAUUCAUCUAAAGUUUGAUCAUGAUUUACUUCCUCUUCUUUAUUAUUUACCAAAUCUAAUCGAAUGCAAUGCGGAUGUUGAUCAUCGUGGUCGUGAUAUAUCGAAUGAUUUAACACUUCUUGAACCACUUCCUGGUUUAAAACAUUUUAAAUAUGAAGGACUUAUGCCACCAAUUUAUUUACGACGUUUAAUUAUUGAAAUUAAUGAACAUAUUGAACAUUUAUUUAUUUAUACACAAGAUUAUCAAUGGUCAUUUCAUUCAUCCGAAGCAUUUUCGUCUGAUUUUUUUGAUCAUUUAUAUGAUUUACGAACAUUUCAUUUUUAUAUUCGUCUAAUGACUUCAGAUGGUUUUAAUAAUAUAACAUCAUAUUUUAAAGAUACAAAACAUUUAAUAAAUAGAAAUUUAUGUAAUAAUAUAGCAUGUGUUCUAUCGAAAGAUAUUGGACAAAUAUUCUCUUUACCAUUUGGAUUUAAUCAUUUUGAAAUAUUUGAAAAAAAAUUUUUUACUCAAAUUCAAUAUUCAAAAUAUGACAAAGAAAAUUUCAAUGAAAAUUAUUGGAGUAAUAUAAAACAUCUUACAUUAAAUAUAAAUAUUUAUGAUUCAUUAUUACUACAAUUAAUUAAAGAAAAAUUUACUAAAUUACGUUUAAUCGAUUAUCAAGUUCCUCAUUUUAGUCUUAUACCACAAGAUAAUGAAUUACAUCAAUAUGAUAUUCAGCUUAGUACCAUAAAAAAGCUUAUAAUUCGUGAUAGUGUUAAACAUGGAUGUCAUGUUCCUCAACCACUUUUUCUUCUUACGUCAAAUCUAAUUGAACUUGAAAUAGAUCAUUUUUAUUUAAUGCAAAUUAUUUCAAUUGUUAGUAAUCAAACACUAUCACGUAUAUUAUCAACAUUUGCUCGACUUCGUCAUGUAACAGUUCGACAAUUUGAUGAACGUAUUACUGAUUAUUUUUUUUCAUAUUUUUCUCAUAUUAAAAUCUUUGCACUUAUAUUUACAACAUAUAAAAUGCAAGUUUAUCGUAAUAAAUUACCAUUUAUUGAUGAUCUUCUUAAUUCAAUGCCAAAUUUAAUUAGUCUGAAAUUAGAACAUAUAAAAAAACCACAAGAUUAUCAUGCAUAUAUUGAAAUGCAACAAAAUGUUGAAGAAAAAUUUUCUGAAUAUUAUUCAAAGAAUAUUUAUUGGUGUAAAUGGUAUGAUGAUUAUACACAAAAAGAUCAUAAAUAUGCAACAUUUCUUUUUUCAACAUAG